CAGGCGUAAUGUUACGCAUAAAGUGAAGAAGCUCAGUGUUGCUUGGGUGAAACGACGCAGUUCCGACAUUUUGAGUGUGAUUUUUGGGAAACGAAUGUGGAAGGUGUUUUGUGUAAAAAGGUGUUAAUUGUUCGUUAAAAGAAUAUGGGUACACCGAGGCAAGAUAAUCACAGCUCCUCGGUUGUUAAACCAGUAACAAAACCGUACGGUAGAAUUGUACUGAAUCUGAAAAACUGUCUUUUACCAGAGGACAAGCUUAGUCCUACUCCAUCUCAAAAUGAUGGAUUGGAUCUAGAAACAGAAACGGAUUUAAGGAUAUUAGGUUGUGAAUUAAUUCAGACUGCUGGUAUACUAUUGAAACUCCCACAGGUAGCAAUGGCUACAGGGCAGGUUCUGUUUCAACGUUUUUAUUAUUCUAAGUCAUUUGUUCGUCAUGCGAUGGAAACAACGGCUAUGGGUUGUGUUUGUUUGGCAUCAAAAAUCGAAGAAGCUCCUAGAAGAAUUCGUGAUGUAAUCAAUGUAUUUCAUCACAUUAAACAAGUGAAAAGUCAGAAAACAAUACAGCCCAUGAUCCUGGACCAGAAUUACAUAGCUCUAAAGACGCAGGUCAUCAAGGCAGAACGGAGAGUGCUCAAGGAACUGGGGUUCUGUGUCCAUGUCAAACAUCCUCACAAGAUAAUUGUGCUGUACCUGCAUGUGCUGGGGUUUGAGAAGCACCAAAACCUGAUGCAGUUGGCGUGGAACUACAUGAAUGACUCGCUGCGGACGGACGUGUUUCUGCGCUACCAGCCCGAAACUGUUGCUUGUGCCUGUAUCUAUCUUACCUCAAGAAAGUUGAAUAUUUCAUUGCCGAAGUCACCAGCUUGGUUCAGCGUCUUCGGUGUGUCUGAGGAGGACAUCCAGGAUGUGUGCUUCAGGAUACUAAGGCUCUACAAGAGACCAAAGCCAAAUGCAGAUGAACUGGAUCGGCGGGUAGAGGAUCUACGGCGUCACUACCAGGAGGCCCGUAUGAAGGCCAGAGGGGCCUCUGGGUGUGGAGUGGGAGGCACUGGGGCCCAAUCUGGCAAUAACACACCUGGUGGAGGCAGCAAUAGCCCCACCUCACCACAUUCGCGAUCUCGCCACAGCUCACCAACCCGCUGUAGCAAGGACAAACAUCACAAUAGUGGAUCGCCUCGUUGGGGAGGAGGCUUUAUCAGUCGAAAUAACCAUGCCUCAGACAAACAUCGGAGUCGGAGCAGAUCUCGGACAGUUAGCCACAGCCCGCCUCCCAAACACAGCAAAAAGUCAAAGAAGAACAGAACCAGGUCAAUUUCAAGGUCACGAUCACGAUCGAGGUCACAUGAGAGGAAGUCAAAGAAGUCUCACAAGAGGAGGAGCUACUCCAGGUCUCCCAGUAUCUCACCACAUAAAAACUCUCGCAAAGUUUCAAGGGAUAAAGGGCGUUACCGGUCUAGGUCACAUAGUCAUGAUGGACGGCAUGCUGUGGAAAGGUCACGCUCACAGAGCUACGACCGGUAUGACAAAUACUACACAAGUUCUGACAAGCUUAGCAGCAAGUCUCGCAGCAAACACUUAUCACGGGGACUUGACGAUGACAGGAUACGGAGCAAAGAACGUAGAUGAAACUGUGAUGCCCAUACUAGCAGAAUAUUUACUUCUGUUGGCCCCAGGGAUUGAAGUCUUGAGUAUCAUGUAUAUUUGUUUGAAUCACCCUGAUUCAUGAAAAUUGUGUUCCGUGUUACGUGCAAUACAAGUGUAUGAGCCACAGUCUGGCCCGUGUAUCAAGGUUAUUCAGUUUUGUACAGGGGUGCUCUCUGUAGUGGAACUUCUAUGGCAGAUUUGAAUACUGAUCUGAGGUGAAAGGAAGUUCAAUGCUCAGGUAAAAAGGGGGGACCCUGAAGUCAGAUGUAGAAUGAGUGAAGACUUUGCGUAGGAACUCAAUCGAAUGCAUGCCUAGUCAACCCCAUGUUAUGAUCCCUGGUACAUGAUCUUUACUGAACAGUUGGUCGUUAUUAAACAUUUAAAGCCUUAUUACUUACGCCCGUGACUGGAUAUAGGAAAUUAUUUUUAAACUUUAGAGUGCCAUUCUCUUGAGAACUGCAGAUGAAAGAAUAUACCCGUUGAAAAAUUUGUAUAAUUCAAAUGACAUCAAUGUAAAAAAAAAUGCCGAAUAUGUUUUCACCCAGUACAAGAAUUAGUUGGCACGUCAUUUCUGUUGCAGCAGACAUUUCAUCCUUUCCCUUUUGAUCUGGAAGCUGGCUGAGCUUUUGUUUGUAUCCACCCAUAGUUAGGCAUUAUUUAAUCCUUUCCUUUCAAGUACUUUAUUUUUCUGUGCCAGUGAGUUAUGGAUUGGAUAGAUGUGCAUGAAGCAGAUCUGUUUCUGAUCAAUGUGUGUACUGAGAAAAGUGUAAAACAUGAGGCUUUGCAUUUGCUACUAGUUCAGGGAGAAACAAACCCCUUCUGGAAAUGUGUCACAAGCUUUGAUCUUCCUGAAGAGUGAAGUCUGCUGGGAUGUGAUACAGUACGGUAGAAUGUUGCCAUCAUUUUAGAGUAUAAUCAUCCUUGAAGAUGGAGGCAGUAUGUCCCUU